GCUCUAUCGGACAGUUCGGCUGAUUUGGGCGGACGUAAGCCUCACUUCGUGCCGAUUACCCGACUCGAGGACGCACAGGCCAUACGCGCCGCUGAAUUCCAUCCCAAUGGACAGCUCUAUGCCAUUGGAUCCAACUCUAAGACAUUGAGAAUCUGCGGUUACCCUAAAUCACACGAAUUAAGGAGUUUGAGGGAAGAUCAUGUGCCGCAUCAGCCAAGUGUUCUCUCGAAACGGGUUAAGCACCACAAGGGAAGCAUCUAUUGCCUGGCCUGGAAUACGACCGGAGAUCUGUUGGCCACCGGUUCUAAUGAUAAGACUAUAAAAAUGAUGAGAUUUAAUGGUAUGACCAACGAGUUGGAGGGCGGAGAGGCCGAGUUGACAAUGCAUGAUGGCACUGUGCGCGACAUGUGCUUCAUGGAGGACCUGUCCAAUAGGUCCAGUCUUCUCAUCUCUGGCGGUGCCGGCGAUUGCAAAAUAUAUGUCACGGAUUGCGAUACUAUGACACCAUUCCAGGCCCUGUCCGGCCAUUCGGGCAAUAUCCUUUCGCUGCACACGUGGGGCGGCGCUAUGUUUGUGAGCGGCUCUCAGGACAGGACUAUUCGCUUCUGGGAUCUGAGAACUCGUGGUUGCGUUAAUCUGAUUACAGCGCCGUCCGCCUCAGGCAAAGGACCGGGAAGCGCUGUGGCGGCCGUAUGUGUGGACCCGUCGGGCAAACUGCUGGUCUCCGGACACGAAGACUCGAAUUGCAUGUUAUAUGACAUCAGAGGCGGUCGAAUCAUACAGACAUUCCAA